AUGGGUUCCUAUGCUGUGGGGCAGAGAAAGUCCUCCUUUGAUCCAACCUACCCGCACACCCAACGCCAUCUUUACGCCGUUAAGGUCAUUCCGAUUUAUGGAGAAAACGCAAAAAUCUUCCCUUCUUCGAACGACCGCAAUUUCGUUCGAGUAUGCGCACUUUUCGACCCUUUAACUCUCGAAAUCCAUGUACUCUUCUACGACAAUCAUACCGUAACCACAGAUUCGGGCAGCAAAGACGAGAAUCCUCCAGAAAAAGUUGUUAUAUCCUCUUCAUUCUUCAUUCCUGUCUGCGAUGAAGCGCGCCGUUACAUCACCCUUCAGCGUCAGAAGGGUGUAGAAGGCAAAAUGUUAGGGUUUUACAAAAGGCAGUGUCCCAGUGGCCAAGAAUCGCUAGCUGCCAAUGUUUCCAGUGGUUUCUACAACGCCUUGGUUGAUUUAGAAGAUAGGAACGAGGAUUUAUAUCCUUCGUUGGAGUUUUAUUUUAAGAACGAAAAGGACAAAACAGGUUUCUUCAAUCAUUGGAGUGUGGCAUUCGGUCGUCAACCAGCGAAAGAAUACCUCAAUGAAGCCCUCUUCCAUCGGAGUAUUUCGCUCCCUUUGGAGAGUCUUGAUACAAUUAAACGAAAUGAUUGGGCAACGGCUACAUCUAUAAAAAGCCCGAAGAACUUUAAAUUGAUCUCGGCGUCUCUGGCGUACAAACGGUCUCAGCUGAUUGCUCAAUUGACAGCACUAUUUAAAGAAAGGGCCUUGGAAGACCUCGAGUGUCAUCUCCAUGGGGACGGAAGCGUCAAGGAUCCAUUCAUUUGGGAGAUUUUUAUUCCUUACAGUAAAAUCUAUGGAUGUAAAAUCCUCGAGUAUAAAAGAAUACAGUGGCAGGCCCGCGUAAUCUACUCUGGGGAUUCCGCUCAUGGGUCGGUAGAGAUGGAUGUGCAAGAUCAUUCGAUAAGGAUACUUCGGGAGCCGUUGCUCCCCGCCAAAGCCCGUAAAGACUACUAUAUGAGUCUUAUUAGGGGAUCAAAAAUGACUGAAUGGUUGGGCGGUACUGAAGGGAAGAAUUAUUGGUGUCUGAAGUUGUUAUGUCCGGCGCAUCUUUCGAAACUCGAACCUUCAAAGGUUAACGUCAUGAUUAUCCCUGAAACUUCUCAGUUGGAUCAAACAAUUCUUUCGACUCUUGACUUUGCGGAGGGUUGUUCCCCCAGCUUCGACCCUUCUGAAUUCAUAGCCAUCCAACAAAUUUUCUUAGGCCAUCGGCUUGGCCGGCUACUUCCGACACGUUAUAAAGGAAAGAAAGUCCUUGUAAUGGCGACCAGCGAGACGGCCAUGGAUUUUUCGGCAGCCACUGUUUUAGGUGCUCUACCAAGAGAGGAUAGCUGGUUCGCUAGGAAUAUUGUAAGAGUAUACUCACAUCCUGAGUCGUGGAGUCGUGAACCGCCUACCUGGGCUGGGAUGGGCAUCCUCAAGAGGGUCAGCGUUGGCAUUCAUCCUUUGUCAGCUAAAAAUUCGCGAAGGAAAAAGGAUAGGAUCGCCGCGACAAAUGCCAUUUUCAUGACGACGGAGACAGCACUCAACUGCUAUAAAGGAUGCGGAAUUUCGAGGCAGGUUUUCGAUCUCAUUGUCAUAGAGGACGCCAAUACGAUUGAUGAGGGCCUUGCACUCAGGCUCAGUAGACUACCUUUCUCAAACUCGUUUCGUUGGUUAGUCAUGGGCUGUUCAAAGGGUAUUGAGCCGAUAUACUUGAUUGAAGACUUUAGGCAAAUGGAGAUAUGCAACUCAUGGUUCAAACGUCUCCUCAGACACCCCGAAUUCCGUCUAAAUCCCCUUCGUCUCACCAGGCAAAUGCGCUGUAGGGAGGACUUAUACCAACCAAUCAACGAUGUCUACUUCGGGGGCGCCAUCACCACGGCACUCAAUUUUCCGUUUCCUCGUCUGGUCGGUCCCGAGCUGUGCAUGGGUUUUUUCAAUACUGCGAGUAUCUGCUGGCCCAAAUAUAACUUUGCCAGGCCCCUCCGCGCGCAGAUUGAAGUCUCAACGGUUGAAGCUUUCGCUAAUAAUGAAGCUGAUUAUGCUAUCAUACACGUACCCCUGUGGAAGAACUCAUACGAAGAGUACGCAGACCAUGGUAAAUUCGUGGUUGCAAUGACACGUGCGAGAAAUGGAGUCUAUGUGGUCGGCAACCAGCAGGAGAUGGAGAAAUCCGAGAAGCUUAGGGGCACCUGGGAUAGGAACCCGUGGAACGACUGGUUGAAGUGGGUGGAGAACUCUGACUGUGGGGCUGUUAUCAACGAUCUUGCGGAUUUCAAACUGAGGCCUCAGCAAAAGCCCGUGGCUAUUGAGAGGAGGACUGUAAGAUAA